AUGGCACAAGCCGAGUCCUUCGUCAUCAAAACCCCCUGCUCAAGCGCCAACAUCGGCCCCGGCUUCGAUGUCAUCGGCCUGGCGCUGUCCAUGUACCUAGAACUGCACGUCGCCAUCGACCGGUCCAAAGCCCAGUCCGAGCACCCGCUCAACUGCCGCAUCACGUACGAGGGCGAGGGUGAGGGCACCGAUGAGAUCAGCCUCGACCCUCAGGUCAACCUGAUCACCCGCGUUGCGCUGUACGUGCUGCGAUGCCAUGGCCAGCGCAGCUUCCCCGCCGAGACCCACGUUCACAUCAAGAACCCCAUCCCGCUAGGCCGGGGGCUAGGUUCGUCCGGUGCGGCCGUCGUGGCGGGGGUGAUGCUGGGGAAGGAGUGCGGUGAGCUACACGAUCUCACACCCGAGAGGUUGUUUGAUUUUUGCUUGAUGAUCGAGCGCCACCCGGACAAUGUUGGCGCUGCUCUCUUCGGCGGCUUUGUGGGCACCUACCUCAAGCCGCUGACACCGGAGGAUGUGGCCCGCGUGGAGAUCCCCCUGAGCGAGGUGCUCCCCGCGCCGGCCGGCGGCGUCGACACGGGCGCCAAGCCGCCGUCGCCGCCGCACGGCAUCGGCCACCACAUCAAGUUCCCCUGGGCCCCUGAGAUCAAGGCUGUUGCUAUCAUCCCCGAGUUUGAGGUCCCCACAGCGAAGGCGCGCGAGGUGCUGCCGUCACAAUAUCCCCGACCAGACGUGACCUUCAACCUCCAGCGCAUCGCGCUCCUCCCCGUAGCACUCGGACAGUCGCCGCCCGACCCGGAACUCAUCUACCUGGCAAUGCAGGACAAGCUGCACCAGCCGUACCGGCAGACGCUGAUCCCGGGCCUGACGGAGAUUGUCGAGUCCAUGACCCCCGGCACGCAGCCGGGCCUGCUGGGCGUGUGCCUGUCGGGCGCGGGGCCGACCAUCCUCGCGCUGGCCACCAGCAACUUCGCCGAAAUUGCCGACCGCAUCAUCGCCAAGUUCAAGGAGAACAAGAUCGUCUGCAACUGGAAGCUGCUGGAGCCGGCGGAUGGGACGACCGUGACGAGGGCGUAG